CCGGCCGCCAUGCCCAGCCCCCGGAGCAGCCCGUCCCGCCGCGCCGCGCCCGUCCCCAGCCCGUCCCGCCGCGCCGCGCCCGUCCCCAGCCCGUCCUGCGCGGCCGUGGCGUUCCGCUCCCUGCUGGCCGCCGACCUGCGCUUCUCCCGGCAGCUGGGCGUGUGCGCCGGGGAGCGCUCGGCCUGGGGCAGCGCCAGGCCCCUCCUGCGGCUCCUCGAGGUGUCCGGCCACGGCGUGCCCUGGCUGGCGGGCACCCUGUAUGGGCUGGGCCGCAGCGAGAGCCCGGCGGGCCGCGAGGUGCUGCUCAACCUGCUCUUUGCUUUGGUGCUGGAUUUAGUCCUGGUGGCGAUGGUGAAAGGGCUCGUGAGGAGAAGACGUCCCACUCACAACAAGAUGGACAUGUUUGUCACUAUCUCAGUGGACAAAUAUUCCUUCCCAUCAGGCCAUGCUACCAGAGCUGCCAUGGUGUGCAGAUUUGUCCUGCACCACCUGGUGCUCGCCAUUCCUCUGCGGGUCCUGGUGGUUCUAUGGGCCAUCAUUGUGGGCAUCUCCAGAGUCAUGCUGGGUAGACACAACGUGACAGACGUGGCCUUUGGCUUCAUCAUGGGCUACAUGCAAUACAAUGUGGUGAAAUACUUCUGGCUGUCGCCCCUUAGUGCACCUGCUCUCUUUGCAGCGUGGAAUCAGUGAUGGCCACCAUGAAAAGGAAGAGACACACCUUGCAGUGUCUUAUGCUUCAUAGAGAGCGUGAACCGGGACUGGAUGAAAGAAUCAUCAUAAGCCUCAUCUGACAAGCAAGACUGACGAUAUCAGCAACAUCAUGCUUCAUUCUGCGGGAUAUGUGGACUCAGGUUGGGACAAAACGAGAUCUGUUGGAAAGCUAUUCUUGGUGCCAUCUUGCUCUCAAUCUGCUGCUGGGCCGAAGCAUGUGCCAGCCCCUACGGUUGCACUGACCAUCCCAGGAUACAAUCACUCCACAUCUCCUGGUGCUGUAGAAGUUGAUGGAGAUCGGCACACUAGCCAAGCAGCUAAUUCUUAUUUUCUUGGUAUUUAAGAACAUGCAUCAGUAAGAUUUGUGGUUAGUAGAAAUACUGUAAAUCAGCACACAGCAGAGGAUGCCUGUAGUAUAACUGGCUUACUGUCUCAUAUAGCAUAAAUAGUAGAUGUAACUUCUUACAAAUAUUGUUAGAUAGGGACAGUUUUCAGCAAGUAACUAUGUGCUGUAAAUAUACUGAUUGGUGCUGUUGUGGCUGAUUAAUAGUGGGUGUGCCCCCUAGUGGCUUUAGUACAUUAUUCUGACUCGUGGGGUGGAUGCACUUCCUCUGCUGCCUCUUCUAUAAUGUUGAGAUUACCAAGGUUUUGUAAAUCAAUUCUUUCUCCUUCUGAAGCAGCCUGCCCCUCGCUUGCCAGCCACAUUCCAGUUACAGAGCUUCACUUUGUCAAGUGGGUGGCUUGUUGGAAAGGUGAAGGCAUCUGGUUUUGAAUACCUUGGGAAAUGGCAGUUUUGGGAGUGGAAAUGCACAAAUAGGGUUUUAAUAAAGCGUGGAAUUAAUACCCUGAGCUCUGGGGUGUCUGUACCAGCUCUCCUUUAGGCAGGGUGCGGUUUGUCACUGCUCUCCUAGCAGUUGGGUAAGCAAAGCUCCCUUUCAUGUAUUCUUCUGUCAUCAGAGGAGGGCAUUCAAGCAGUUACUCCCCUUUACCUCUCAGUUGAAAGGCAGACAACAUGCAAACAGUUAAUGCUAUAUGAGGACAUGUGGUGUAGACUUUUUAGGUCUUUAAAAAUAAAUAAGCUACAUGGAGAUCCUGAUCUGAGGUAUGUAGGCCCCAACUCAGCAAGAGGCUUCAACAUGUGAGCCUGUGACUAGUCCCAUUGAUUUCCAUGGGAUUAUUCAACAAUCAAAAUUACAGUAGAAAUGACGUGCGCCAAACUAUAUUUUGUUAUUUUUCUCCAUUGUAUGAAGCUGAAUGUAGCUAAGCAAAAUCAGUUCUACACUUGGUGAGACAAAUAGGAAAGAACAUAAAUGUUGUCAUGUAGAAUGGCGAUGAAAAGGAAAUCAACAAAGUAGCCAAAGAGUCAGAAAAUAAAUUCUUUAGCUAGAGCACUGGGUGGAAGUCCCUCUGGGUCUGAUAGGCUUCCAACAAGGAAAAGCUAUGCAAAUAGUUUCUUUGCAUAGCCCGUGAGGAGGAAAUACCCUCUAGAUAUUUAGUCUUUUGGGGUUGUGGAGGGAAGGCACAGUGUCUGAAUUGAAAAGAGGAAUUGCAGAACUACUUGAGAAAUUAAAUUCCUACGGGCAUAUUGUAUUCAUGCAAGAGGUCUGGUGGAAAGAAAAACUAAGGUCAUUUUAAAAAAAUCCAUGCAGUGUAAUGUAUCCUUAAAACCAAUUACUGCACCAGGAGUACUA